GUCCCAUCCGACUCCAGUUAUCCGGCCCUCGAGAGGCUCCAGUUCAAGAGGCUCCAGUGCCCCGCCCCCGUCGCAUCAGCUCCAGCGCUCCCGGGCCCCCGUCGCUCCCCCUGCGCUGGCCUCUUCGUAUCCCGUCGAACACAGUUAAACAUUCACCAUCCCGGCGCCGUUCUCUCCUCCCAAAAUCUGCCUCUUUUUUCGACUACACACUACGACAACCAAGGAAGGUCAAUUGACUGCAUAUUCCCGACACUAUCCCAGCACUCGCCUGGCAAGGCGCGCCAGCGUUGUGACGUUCACACCAUCUACAGUCUAGAAAGAGAAGGAAGAACUUGGCUAUCAAGGGCGACCUGAAGAAUACCACUCGACCGACAACACCACACAAACCAUCAUCAAAAUGGCCGGCAGCCGCAUCAACUUCACCAACUACCUGCGCAACCUGAAUGCGCAGGAGCCGCAGGUCGAGGAGUUUGUGACCCCCAACGACGAGGACCUUGCCCUGUUCACCAACACCAACUUCUUCGACUACGAGACGGGCCAGAACACCGACUACCAGGCGCCACCUGUCAAGCCCGAUGCUGUUGUCGCUCCUACUCCCGUCGAGUCUGCGGCGGCGUCUCCCGAUGUGCAGACCGAUGCCUUCAUGACCGAUUUCCUGUCGGGCCUCGACCAGGGCUUGGAAUUUGCUGCUCCUGCAGCCGACUUUAACUUUGGCGACUUCACCACCACCUACGCCUCGCCUACCAUCCCGGCCUACCCAGACGCUCUAGGACCCAUUCAGCCCAACCCGCAAGCCGCCUACCCUCCGGUUUCUCAGCACUACGCUCCUCAUCAUGUUCAGCACCCCCAUCAGCCCGGCUAUGUCCUCGCCAACCCUCCCCAACUAGGCGGCAACAAGCGCAAGGCCAGCGAUGCCAUGUCCGUCCCCCCCACUCCCGGCGCCCGCGUCAUGAGCUUCGAGGACGCCUCUCGCCUCGCCGCCGAGGAAGACAAGCGCAAGCGCAACACCGCCGCUAGCGCCCGGUUCCGCAUCAAGAAGAAGCAGCGCGAGCAGGCGCUCGAAAAGUCGACCAAGGAGAUGACCGAGAAGGUCACCCAGCUUGAGGGACGCAUCCAGGCUCUCGAGACGGAGAACAAGUGGCUCAAGGGCCUCGUCACCGAGAAGCACGGCAGCAAGGAGGACAUUCUCAAGCUUCUCCGCGAGUUCUCAGCCCAGGCUGCCAAAGUUUCCAAGGAUGCUGCUGCGGCCGCGGCUGACAAGGCUGAGGCUGAACGCGCCAAGGAAGAGAGCUCCAUCUGCGUUUCCACCUCUUCUCCCAGUUCUGAUGAAUCGGUCGACACCAACAAGAAGAGGAGGAAGGACUAAGUCCGAGCUUCCGG